GAACCAGGCUGGGCGGACACUUUUUCGGGCAAAUUUGCGUACAAGCCUGCACGCUUCAGCGAUUUGUUUGAUCAUCUGCAUUUUGCAAAAGUAGGCCCAUCUUUGACAUGUAUUUUCGACGUUAUUUUCAGUCAUCUUUUUCAGCCUUGGGAAUGCGGUUAAGGGUAACAUGGUUACAGAUGCUGGGAGGAGCAAUAGUACUUAUAAUCUUCCUUUGUAGCUCCAUUCAGUUUCUAAGCUUUCGACAGCGCCGUCGACAUCUUUCGCCGAAUUGGAAAUACUCUGUUGGUCAUUAUUACAUAAAAACGGCGGAAAGUGGAGAACAUUUGGCCGCGAAAGAGUUCAAGGUCGACAACGAAACCUUGCAAAUGAUAGAGAAAAUCCAUAGAGAGCAAACAUUUAAGCGGAGACCGGUCAAAACAAUAGACGCAAAAACUUCAUUUUUCGAUCUCGUUGUUCCUGUCACUGGAGCUUCAAGCAAUCACUUCGAAGAGUUCCAAGCACACAUUUCAAUUUUCGCAAAACUAUUUCCAGGUAUAAGAGUGAUUUUUUAUGACCUUGGAUUGACUCGUUCGCAAGUAAGGUUCAUUUUGAAGAAUCUUCCCUUUGUGCAAUACAGAAUGUUUGACUCCAAUGAAUAUCCACCGCAUGUUAGUACCCUGAUAAAUUAUGCAUGGAAACCGCUUAUAAUUCAAGAAAUUUUGGGAGAGUUUGAUGGAGCCAUGUGGUUUGAUUCAUCGAUCAAAUUUAAAGGGAAUAACACGCACGAAGUCCUACAACGUUUGGCUCGUCAGAGGUCGGGAUUUAUGUUCUUUGUGGGAAUAACUGGUCAUUCCAUAAUCGCCGCAACACACCCGGGAAUGAUGGAAUACAUACCCAUCAAAACAAAUGAUGCAGUCAAAGAUAUGUUCGAGGCAAAUUCAAUGAUUGUGAUUAACACGCCUGAAGUACAAAAACACAUCAUGAAAUGGCUUGUAACUUGUGCGCUCAAAGAAGACUGCAUCGCGCCCGUCGGUGCAAAACUAUACUGCGGCUUCAACUUUCCUAAAGAUAAGUUUGGAGGAUGCCACAGAUACGACCAAUCUUUAGUCAAUAUCUUGGUUUCAAAUGUGUACAGCUCUGAUAGAAAGAGAUAUGUCUUCGAAGGCUUUGCUGAAGUUGAUCGUCUUUGACUGUAGAGGCUUUCAGGGCUUUGUCCUUGCCCUUAUGUAAAACCUGAAACAGCUACCAGUGCCGUAGCCAGACCAAACGGCCAACCGAGGCAGGCGGGAGUUGCUAGGGGGGUUCGGGGGCAUGCCCCCCCCCGAGAAAUUUUGAACUUUAGUCUCUCGGAAAUGCGAUUUGCAGCGUUUUCUGGGCCUUUCGGUAACUUUUUUUCGAGUUAAUUUAAGUGGAAUUUAAAAAGCAAUAAUCAGAAACAAGCUACAUAAUCUGGGUGACCGUUAACCUCGCCAAUGGUUUUGAUCAGUAUUUGUUCAAAAAAAAUUUGAGUUAACGUACGUAGCCCCUUGAGAUCGAUGAUAUGGUAAUUUUUUCAUAGUAUAUUGACUGAAUUGCUGAAUUCUUUGUAAUAUCAUGAUGCGUUAAAGAUAACCGAUGAUCGCUUAUGUAAAAUAAAAAUGAUCGGCGAAAUUCGUCAAAAUUUUACCGAGGCGAGUGCCUCGGUUGGCCUCAUACUAGCUACGGCGCUGGCUACAGUAGCCGCGAGGUCUUCUUAUAAAAAAAUACACGUUUUUUAUAGGUCGCGAAAUCAUUCUUAAAAGUCAUUACUUGUUUGCGCUUCAUCACAGUUACGAGGCAAGAAUUGAUGCAGUCUUGCCAAAAUAGUGUCUUUUCAAACGACAGAAAACCUCAGGGCCGGUUAUUUAAGCGGAGUUUAAUCAGUUUUUAACAAAACCGCGUUUAAGUCAUUUUCAGUUUGCUCAACGCUUUUAUCUAAGCACCAUUUGUCGUGAGCAGUUUCAUUAAAGCAUAUAAUGAAGACUAGAAAAGCAUUUAUCUUCUUAAAUUGACCCACUAAAGAAGAGAUCUGGAAGUACAAAGAUUUCUUAAACCGCGGUCUAAGUUAGACCUCGUUUAAAUAACCAACCCUUAGAGUUCUGAACCGAACUACAAACUUUCUGUUAAAAGUGAAGUGAUCUUUUUAUUGUGAUUAUAUAUAACACGCUUUGUUCUUAAAUCUAGCGUUGCGUAAAGAUUUGCAUAUUCAACGGGAGCCUUGCAUCAGCAAGAAAAAAUAAAAGGAUUUUUGUUUUCAAUAGCCUGCGCGCGCAGUAACAAGCCGGUGGAAAUGCUUGCUAAGUGGACAAAGUUUUCAGGGGAAGGGGGAGAGGAAAACUGGUAGAAACAGUCUAAAAUACAGGUAACUGCAUUUAUGUAGAUGGCAGACAAAGAAGAACUUGUGAAAUAAAGAAAACGCCUAAUGUUCAUUUUUAUGACUUCGUUGUGAGUUCGAGUUAUAGUGCUUUAAAGACACCUUUAUAGUCUGCGAGCUAUCUCUCCGGAGCGCUCUGGCAGCGGGGUGGGAAAAGGGAAGGAUUGAAGAAAUUUUGAGAGAGUUUGAUGGAACCAUGUGCAUGGUUUGAUUCAUCGAUCAACUUUAAAGGGACUAACACGCACGAAGUCCUAAAACGUUUGGCUCGUCAGAGGUCUUUAUUUAUGUUCUUGAAGAGAAAACUUGACAUUCUAUAAUCGCCGCAACACACCCGGGAAUGAUGGAAUACAUACCCAUCAAAACAAAUGAUGCAGUCAAACAGUAUGUUCGAGGCAAAUUCAAUGAUUGUGAUUAACACGCCUGAAGUACAAAAACACAUCAUGAAAUGGCUCGCCAUUUGCGCGCUCGAAGAAGAUUGCAUCGCGCCCGUUGGUGCAGAAAUAUACAGAGUGCUUUACCUUUCCUAAAGAAAAUUUCGGUGGAUAUCGUAUAUACGACCAGUUUUUGGUCAAUAUCUUGGUUUCAAAUGUUUAAAGCUCUGAUAGAAAGAGAUAUGUCUUCGAAAGCUUUGCUGAGGUUGAUCGUCUGUGACUGUAGAGGCUCAGUUUCCCGAAGACCUUUAACACCGAGCUACGAGGACUUCGUACACGUGUUAAAGAACAACUUGUUUACGCUUCAGUAUAGUUACGGGUCAAGAGUCGAUGCAUCUUGCCAAAAAAUGUUUUUUCAAAUGGCAGAAAACCCUAGAGUUCUGAUCCGAACCGCAAACUUUCUUUUAGAAGUUCAAUAAUCUUUUAGUCUGUCUAUAUAUAAAACAUUUUGUUUUUAAGUCUAGCGCUGUAUAUAAACUUGGAUAACGGGAGCUUUGUUGAAGGCCAGAAACAAUAGCUUUUUUCGUAAAAUUUGCCUGAAAAAAGGGGAUUUUUGUGUUCAAUAGCGUUUGCGUGCAAUGACUGGAGACGAAGUAAUGCCAUUCUCGUUCCCAGAGCCACUCGGCUUAAUUUGUAGCGAACCACGUGAUCAAGAAACGACGGGCUCUUGGGACGAGAAUGAAGAAUGCUUGACACGCGGGCCAAGUUUUCAGGGGGAGGCGGAGGAAAACUGGCAGGUGAAGUCGUCAGGAAAGACGUCCCUCACUUCAGGCCACAAAUCACCAUGCUACUAGACUGUUCACUGUCCCCCUAUAUUUUCGUAAGAUCGUCAGGAUCGAGCGCUUAUGGGUACGGGUGUUCAUCUUGGUUUUAUAUGAGCCGAGCGGAUGGCCGUGGGAACUUAACUGUCCCCCGCCCCCUUAGUGGAUUUGACACUCAUUCAAGAUGGCCGCCAGUAACGCUUUUCGACGCCUGCUACACAGGCUACCCGUAGGCGACCAAUCAGUCUUUUUAUUUUGGGUGGUCGCUUACGAGAGGUUCGACUGUAUACAGUAUCCCUUAAGCUUAACCCUUUAAGCCCUAACAUCACAAUUUGAAAUCUCAUUUGUUGUCCCUAUCCAUUUCCUGUAGAAGUAGUGAGGAGAAGUUGAUAAAAAUAUCAAGUAAAUUCAUCUUGUGUGAUCAUUUCCGUAAUUCUCAUGACUACACUGUUUUACAAAGCAUUCACAUCACAAGGAGAAAUUUGAUGCUGAUCACUCUUAGGGCUUAAAGGGUUAAACUGAGGCUAUGGCUAUUUUAGGUUAAUUCUGUGCUGAGGUCAUUCUCUUCGACAUAUACAAAAUGGUCCUGUAACAUUAGGAAGAAGAUAGCAAAGAAAUUUCGUCACAGAGUAGUAACCAUAAUAUUUUGUUUGGUUAUUUUUGCAGGCAUUAAAAGUUGGCCCAGUGUUUUCAAGUUUCAAUCGAUGAGGCCCUGCCAGGGGCGGGGGGGGGGGGGGGGGGGGGGGCCCCCUGAUAGAGUAGAAAAAAAGAAAUAGUUAUAGUGGAUGCUGUGUGUCUGUUGUUUUGGUGUUGUGUUUGUGGUGUUGUUGUGGGGAGUGUUGCGGGGAGCGGGGGGGGGGGUGCGGCGGGGGGGGGGGGGGGGGGGGGGGGGCGGGGGGGGGGGCGGGGAUGUCGCCCGUCUGAAUUUUAAAACGUCUCGUGUCGGCGUUUAUAAAUGCUUGUCGCUUAUUGUCGGCUUUGCCGUCACUGUCGCAAUUUGGUCGAGGGAGGUUGCCUCUUGUCGCGAUUUCAUUUUACGCGCUGUCGCUACUUUUUGGAACAUGUCGCUUGUCGGAAUUUACUCGAUCUCCUUUCUUGUCAUCCGUUGCAACAGAAAAAAAGGUUCAGUGCCUAAAUACAUGACGGUAUAGUCUAAGGCAAGAGCCAUAAUAGCACAGAGACAAAGGUUUAAUGCCUAAAUACAUGACUGUAUAGUCUCAGGGCGUCAGAGAACUGACCGGCCAGCCCAUUCCCAUUGUAAUGAGAAUUUUACUUUUGAUCAAAGCCAACCAUCCAGAUUCGACAAAUUAGUCCUAAAUAUUAUGUACAAAGGAGAUGGUUGUUCAGCAAAACCUCUUGGAAAAAGCCUAUUUUAUUGCCUAAAUGUCUGGUCCGGCCGGACAGUUCUGACUUUUGGAAAGCGCCCUUAAAUAACGAUACUGGACAGUUAUUUUUAGAAUUCAAUUGAUGUGUAGCCCGCGAGCAGAGGCCCUUAGACUUACCUACGAAGAUCAAAGGGCCUCUGCUCGCAGGGUAACGCGAGCGCAGCGCAGCGCAGCUGGAAUUGACUGAUGCAUUAAUUGUCAUUAGAUCCCAUCAACCGUGGCCCCUUCAGACACUUCAUGAAAUUUACACAACGUAGUUUUCGUGUUUAUGUAUUAGGGUUAAGGACUGCAUUUAGUAAAUAGGUUUAAGCGCUGGUUAGGUUCUCUUUUUGGGUUGGGGUUGAUGCUCUAUGUACUUAAAUUAUUUCCCCUCCAUCCAUCUGAUGGGAUCUAAUGCUGACCUUGUCGAAAAGUAUCUCUCGGUGACGUCAGAGAGAACGCUAGGCUGGACGGACACAGUUUUCGAGCAAAUUUGCGUACAAGCCUGCACGCGUGACGGUUUGUUUGAUCAUUUGCAUUUUGCAAAAGUAGGCCCAUCUUUGACAUUCAUUUUCGACGUUAUUUUCGGUCAUCUUUUUCAGCCUUGGGAAUGCGGUUAAGGCUAACUCGGUUAAAGACCAGGCUGGGAGUAGCAAUAGUACUUAUCAUCCUCCUUUGUUGCUCCACUAAGUUUCUAAGCUUUCGACAGCGUCGUCAACAUCUUUCGCCGAAUUGGAAAUACUCUGUUGGUCAUUAUUACAUAAAAAAGGCGGAAAGUGGAGAAAAUUUGGCCGGCAAAGAUUUCAAUGUCGACGACGAAACCUUCCAAAAGAUAGAGAAAAUCCAUAGAGAGCAAACAUUUAAGCGAAGACCGGUCAAAACAAUAGACCCAAAAACUUCAUUUUUUGAUCUCGUUGUUCCUGUCACUGGAGCUUCAAGCAAUCACUUCGAAGAGUUCCGAAAACACAUUUCAACUUUCGCAAAACUAUUUCCAGGUAUAAGAGUGAUUUUUUAUGACCUUGGAUUGACUCGUUCACAAGUAAAGUUCAUUUUGAAGAAUCUUCCUUUUGUGCAGUACAGAAAGUUUGACUUCAAUGAAUAUCCACCGCAUGUUAGUAACCUGGUAAAUUACGCAUGGAAGCCGCUUAUAAUUCAAGAAAUUUUGGGAGAGUUUGAUGGAGCCAUGUGGUUUGAUACAUCGAUCAAAUUUAAAGGGACUAACACGCACGAAGUCCUACAACGUUUGGCUCGUCAAAGGUCGGGAUUUUUGUUUUUUGUAGGAAUAACCGGUCAUUCUAUAAUCGCCGCAACACACCCGGGAAUGAUGGAGUAUAUACCCAUCAAAACAAAUGAUGCAGUCAAAGAUAUGUUCGAGGCAAAUUCAAUGAUUGUGAUUAACACACCUGAAGUACAAACACACAUCAUGAAAUGGCUUGUAACUUGUGCGCUCGAAGAAGAUUGCAUCGCGCCCGUCGGUGCAAAACUAUACUGCGGCUUCAACUUUCCAAAAGAUAAGUUUGGAGGAUGCCACAGAUACGACCAAUCUUUAGUCAAUAUCUUGGUUUCAAAUGUUUACAGCUCUGAUACAAAUAGAUAUGUCUUCCGAGACUUUGCUGAAGUUGAACGUCUUUGA